UCCCGGCGCGGUCCCCUCACGGCGGCGGCUCCAUUUUCUCGCGCUCCCGCGGCCCCCGCGUAGCGCCCGGUUCGCCUCAGCCCCGGCCGAGAGACCCCAGCCCGAGACACCGCGCGCCGCCAUGAAUGAGGAGUACGACGUGAUCGUGCUGGGCACCGGCCUCACGGAAUGCAUCCUCUCCGGGAUCAUGUCAGUGAACGGGAAGAAGGUCCUCCACAUGGAUCGGAACUCUUACUACGGAGGGGAAAGCGCGUCCAUCACGCCCCUGGAAGAUCUCUACAAAAGGUUUAAUCUCCCGGGAGCUCCGCCGGAAUCUAUGGGGAGGGGAAGAGACUGGAACGUGGACCUCAUUCCCAAAUUCCUUAUGGCUAACGGUCAGCUGGUGAAGAUGCUGCUCUACACAGAAGUCACUCGUUACUUGGACUUCAAGGUGAUCGAGGGCAGCUUCGUCUACAAGGGAGGGAAGAUCUACAAAGUUCCUUCCACCGAGGCAGAAGCUUUGGCCUCCAGUUUAAUGGGUUUGUUCGAGAAGCGCCGCUUCAGGAAGUUCCUGGUGUACGUGGCCAACUUCGACGAGAACGACGCGCGCACCUUCGAGGGCGUGGAUCCCAAGAAAACCACCAUGAGGGACGUGUACAAGAAGUUCGACCUGGGCCAAGACGUCAUCGACUUCACCGGCCACGCCCUCGCUCUCUACAGGACUGAUGACUACCUAGACCAACCCUGCCAAGAAACCAUCAACAGGAUCAAGCUGUACAGCGAGUCGCUGGCUCGAUACGGGAAGAGCCCCUACCUGUACCCCCUCUACGGCCUCGGAGAGCUGCCCCAGGGAUUUGCGAGGUGAGCCCUUGGCUUCCCUC